GUGAUCAGGGCUAAAGUGGUGGGCAAGAAGCUACUGGACGAUGGUCCGUUCGGGACGCUGCGAUACACAGUCAAACAGAUGAAGGAUCAAGCCGUGCCACACGCUGCCGUGUUUCGUGACGUCUAAGAGCGAGUGUCUGUGGACGGACAUGCUCUCUCAUUUCGGCUACCCGGGCUACCAGUCACGCCACUACGCCUGCAUCCAGCAGAAAGAGGGCUACUGCAGCUGGUACAGAGGGAUGAGUGGACGCGACAAGAUCACCAUCAACACCACUGACCCCUGAUCACACACACACACACACACAUGCACACACACUGGCAGUAAUCCGUCCAGUCCUGCUUCUACAACAUCCAUGUGUUUUACCUGCCAGAUUUAUCUAUUUAUGAGCGUCUGCGUUCAGAUCCUGAACACGUUCUGUCCUUGCCGUUUAUGAUAUAUAAGCUAUGAAAUGGUGAUUUUUAGUAUUUUUUUAUUACUUUAUUAAAAGAAACUGUAGAUGUA